AUACAAAGAAAAAUAGGCCGCUUCCUCUCUAACAGACAUCUAUUGGACAGACGGUCGUUACAUAUCGGAUGAAACAGACCAGCCAUACAAGGCCACCAUAGUUGCUCCAUUUGACAGAAAGAGACAGAAGACCGGUCUUUGCUUGACUGAUCACAUUCCUUAUACUUGAAAUGAAAAUGACCCGGCCUGUUUAUUAGCACAUUCCUUCACAAUACAUUUUCGGUGGGUUCCCUUGCUUGCACUCUAAGCCUGCCAAUAUGUACGGAAGUUCACGCUCUGUGAGCAAAAUGGACAGUAAUCACAGUGGGGGAAGAAACAACCAGGGCAACUCUGGACACUCUCCACGGCUGCCACGGUCACCCCGUAUGGGUCACCGUCGCACCAACAGCAUGGGGGGCAGCGGUGGAGGCCCGGGCGGCUCUGGAGGCAAGACGUUGUCCAUGGAGAACAUUCAAUCUCUCAAUGCUGCCUACGCCACGUCGGGACCGUUGUAUAUGAGUGACAACGAGGUCGCAAUCUGCACUUCCUCUGACCUCCCUAAAAGCGGCGUAGUGACGGGACGCUUUGGAGGCAGCAUUCCUUACGGGGUCCGGGCAACGGUUACAGGCAGCACACCGGACAUGGCCAUGGUGCCGGCGGUGUCCACUGACUCUAUGGGCUUUGGAGGGGAGAUCCACGCUGCGUCAACCGUUCCUCACUCACUACGUCAGGCGAGGGACAACACCAUCAUGGAGCUCCAAGCCCAGCUCAAGGAGGUGCUGAGGGAGAACGAGCUGCUUCAGAAGGAAAUCGAGGUGAAGGAGAGCAAGCUCAGCUCCUCCAUGAGCUCCAUCAAAAGCUUCUGGAGCCCGGAGCUGAAGAAAGAACGUGCGCUGCGCAAAGACGAGUCAUCCAAAAUAACAGUGUGGAAGGAGCAGUAUCGCGCUGUGCAAGAUGAGACACAGCACCUGCAGACAACUGUGCAGGCGCUACAGGCCGAGCUGCGUAUCCAGCGCGACUUGAACCAGCUACUCCAGCCCCCCGGGGAGCCACUGGCCUGCGAGCCCAGCGAGGAGCAGGAGCGGCAGGCUCGAGAGGCGUUCUUGCUCCGCCGUACCCUGGAGGAGAUGGAGGUUCGCCUGGAGACCCAGCGGCAGACGCUAGUUGCUCGCGAUGAGUCAGUCAAAAAGCUCCUGGAGAUGUUGCACAGCAAGGGACCCUCCACUAAAGCCAGUGAAGAGGAUCAUGAGCGCACACGUCGCCUUGCAGAUGCCGAGAUGCACGCGCACCACCUGGAGAACCUUCUAGAACAGCGUGAUAAAGAGCUAGCCGCUUUGAGAGAGGAGCUGCAUCGCCGCCUCGAGGGGACGCCAGAGACUACGAAAACCAAAGCUCUUCAGACUGUAAUUGAGAUGAAGGAUUCUCAGAUCAGUUCUCUAGAGCGGGGCCUCAGAGAGCUGGAGGACCAGGUCAUGAUGCUUCGCUCCAGUAGCAUGCUUAGCUGUGAGGAACGGCAGGAAGAGGCCAAGCAGAUGGAGGUCUACCGCAACCACACCAAGUUCAUGAAGAACAAGAUGGACCAAGUUAAGCAAGACCUUUCCAGGAAGGACACCCAGCUCCUUGGAUUGCAGACUAAGCUGGAGACCCUGACUAACCAGUUCUCUGACAGCAAACAGCAUAUUGAAGUGCUUAAAGAGUCUCUGACUGCCAAAGAACAACGUGCUGCUAUUCUACAGACAGAGGUGGAUGCUCUGAGGUUGCGUCUGGAGGAGAAGGAGACCAUGUUAAACAAAAAGAGUAAGCAAAUCCAGGAAAUGUCUGAAGAAAAGAGCACACUCAAUGGAGAAAUCCAUGAUCUGAAGGACAUGCUGGAUGUCAAGGAGCGUAAAGUCAAUGUACUUCAGAAAAAAAUUGAAAACCUGCAGGAACAGCUGAGGGAUAAAGAGAAGCAGAUGAGCAGCCUUAGAGAGAGGGUGAAGUCCCUACAGACAGACACGUCUAAUACAGACACGGCCCUCACUACACUGGAGGACUCACUGGCCGAGAAGGAACGUAUUAUUGAGCGCCUGAAGGAGCAACGUGACCGCGAGGAGCGAGAGAAGGCAGAGGAGCUGGACAGCAGUAAAAAAGAGCUGAGGGAGUUAAAGGAGAAAGUCAGCAUGCUGCAGGGAGACCUGUCAGACCGAGAGACUUCCCUGCUGGACCUCAAAGAGCAUGCGUCGUCGCUGGCCUCAUCUAGCCUGAAGAAAGACUCCAAAUUGAAAAGCCUAGAGAUCGCCCUUGAGCAGAGGAGGGAGGAAUGCAUUAAACUUGAGAACCAACUAAAGAAGACCCAGAGUGCUGCAGCCAAUGCACAGGCCAACGCAGAGAUAUCUGAAAGGAUUUCUUCACUUGAAGCUGAUGUGGCCAGACACCGAGAAGACUCCGCCAAAGCCCAGGCUGAAGUUGAUCGUCUAUUGGACAUCCUGCGUCAGAUGGAGAACGAGAAGAACGACAAAGACAGAAAAAUCAGUGAGCUGGAGAGUGUGACUUCCAGGCAAAUGAAAGAGCAGAGUAAGAAGUCCUCUGGCAAACACAAGGAGCUGUCAGGGAAGGGCAGAAAUGUCAACGAUGGCCCACAGCAGGAGUCCCUGCGGCAGAAGGCAGAGCGUAUCGAGGAGCUGGAGGAGGCUCUCAGAGAGAGCGUUCAAAUCACUGCCGAGAGGGAGAUGGUGCUGGCGCAGGAGGAGGCCGCACGAACCCACCAGGAGAAACAGUUUCCUUACUUGAUUUCAACAAUUGUAACUCACAGACAGGAGGCUCUGCUGGCAGCCAUAAGUGAGAAAGAUGCUAACAUAGCUUUGCUGGAGCUGUCUUCAUCCAAAAAAAAGAAGACACAAGAGGAAGUGGCCCAGCUGCGGAGAGAGAAGGACCGUUUGGUGCAGCAGCUCAAACAGCAGACACAGAACCGUAUGAAGCUCAUGGCGGAUAAUUACGACGACGGCUACUUGAAAACACCCCCCGACCAGACCAACCACAAACCUCCAAAAUCACCCGAUCAGGAUGAUGAGGAGGGCAUUUGGGCAUAGCCUCACUGGCAGCCAUUUUGUUUUUAGAAGGAUAAGAUAUGGGCGGAAAGCUACAGUGCACAGGAGCUCUACACCGGCCACCUGAUUAUCCCAUACAACCACCCCAAACCCCUUUACUUACACAAUCAACUCAGCCCACAUCUCAUCACACCAGUUACCCAGGACCCACCGCCAGAGACCACACACACAUUCUCACAGUGGGAGCCUGGGAUGGUGAGUCAGUGUGGAGCUGCAGUUCCCUGGACCCUGCUUUGGACCUCCAGAACCAAACUGGCCAUGAUCGAACCCUCCAGCUCCACUCCAACCUCCACUGUCUCUCUGGCCUCACCUCUCACCUGAACUAAACCGGAGCCCUCUAAGACCCUGUAACAGUCUGUAGUCUUAAUACUGGUGCAGCAUUGAAAAUAUGCAGUGUUAGUUGAGUCGUGAAUGCAAUUUUAAUUUCGUUCUCUUGAUAUGUCAUCAUGGUUGAGUAAAUACAGAUUUAGAAUGUUAACCUGAUCAAUGGGUGGUGCUAUAUAAACAUAACUGAAUGCCAAACUGUUGUUAAACAAUUAAAAAAAAAGUGUUAUGCUACUUAAACUGCACUCAGCAUUAAGACCUUCGAUCUAUUCUGUGUUUAGGUAGCGUCUUGCACUGGUUAUACUUCAUUGGAUGACCCUUCCCCUUUACCAAAAACUUAUAGGACACCUUCAAGAGCAUGACAUAAACAUUUAUAGAUGUCACACCUGACGCUUCGUCAGUGGAAAAAAAAUCAGGUUCUGUACAUCCUUUAAUUCAAAUUAACAGCUGCUACAAGGAAUAGACAUAAAAUAUAUAUGAAAAGAGUUUGCAUUGCUCAUGAAGCAAUCCACCAAGAGGUGCGUGCAAGAAAUUGCAGUUCUCGCUUAAUGAGACUAUAGUUGUUUUCUAGCAGCUCUUAGACAGGACAUUGUAGGCUCCCAAAUAUCUUCAUAUCAUGUCCAGAUAACCAGUUUCUGAGAGCGCAUUGCUGGUUUUAUGUGCUCUCAUAAAUGUGGAUAUCAUUGUGUCUCUCUCUCUCUCUCUCUCUCAAAGUGGAUUUUUUUAUGUUGCAUUCGUGG